AUGCUUCCCUACAUCAUCCGGCCCAGACACAUUAAGCCGAACGCCGACAAGAGCUACCCCAUCCCAAAUUUCCAAACCCUACUCACCCUCCUCAAUCCCUUAUUCCUAACCCCCUCCAGGGCAAAAUCCAACAUCAAAACCCGAACAAUGAACAAAGAGAACGAGCGGGGCAAUCCCCCCCAACCCCAAAGCUCAAACACAACCCCAGCGCCAACCCCAGCCCCAUCAUCAACCUCAAACACUCAACCCCCUCCGAACCCCUCGCUAGCAACCCGCAUCCAAACCUCCGCAACAGCCCUAGCAAAAUCCGCAUUCAACCCAGGCUCCGACAUAUCCCACACCCUAGCAUCAAGCACAAGCAGCAAACCAGCCGGUCCAUCCCUGCCAAACACACAGACAAGCAGGGAUCUAUCCACACACACACAGCAAGGAGCUCCCAGCUCCGGGUCUGCAUCUACACCUACAUAUGCAGCGCAAGCCUUCCGCGAACACGAUCCAUCAACAGGUGGAUUCGCUCUACCCACCUUGACAGAAGAUGAAUUCCAGAGAACUGUAUACGAACACGAUGGGAUAGAUGCGACAAUCGCAACCACAACUACAACUACAAAUCAACCCCAAUCCCAGUCCAGCCACGACGACCUCCAAACCCCUUCCUCAACUUGGAAAGGAAAGGCACGCGCCCACGACCCAACACAACACCAACUCGAAACUGUCUGGCAGCGCCAAUGGGACACGAAUGAGCAGAAAUAUAUACCAAGCACAGACGACGGCGCAGCGGUGGUGUCCCUCCUAUCCGAUACGAACUUCGAUCCGAAUUUCGAAGACCCGACGACCCUUCCAGAUACGGAGAUUGAUAUUGCGGCUGCGCCGGCUCCGCUUUCUGCUGCGGAGAGAGAGGUGCUUGAUUCGUUUCUGAAGGGGACGGGGACAGAGGAGGGGAGAAGUGAGGGACGGUUCACGGGUGCGAGUCUUGUUCCUGAUAUUGAUGUUUUUUUGAGUCAGGGGGUUGGGAGUGGGGUUGGGUUUGGGGAGGGGAAUGGUUUGAGUUUGGGUGGUUCGACUUCUACUUCGCUUCGCGAUGCGGUUUUGAUGGAUCUUCCUGGGGCUGGGGAUUGGGUUAGGGUUCAGGAGAGGUAUCAUGAUGAGGUUUGGGGGUAUUUGGAGCCUGUGCUUGAGGAUGCGAAGACGGAGAUUGAGAAGGGGGUUGGGGAGGGGACUGGGGGUGGGGAGGAUGGGCCUGCUGUUAGGAGGUUGAAGAUGAUUUUGAUGCAUAUGAAGGGGUGA